AUGAAAUUGUCUAAUUUUUUAAUAUUUUUAAUCAAUUUAGGAACAUGUUGGAAGGGUAAUGGAAUAAAAACAUAUUUUGGAGACAUUAUUGGACAUGACAUUACAGUAUUAGGUGAAAAAAUGACUGAGUAUUUAGGAAUUCCAUAUGCACAAUCUCCAACUGAAUUUUAUAGAUUCAAACCACCAUUUGAAUUAGAAAAAGAUCGUUUUAUAGGAAAUAAUACUUUUCAUGCGUCUCAUGAAGCAGUAGCAUGUCCACAAAAUAUUAGAACAAUGGGUUUUGACGGAUAUGAUGCAUCAAAUCCAAAAACAUAUAAUGAAAGCUGUCUUAGGUUAAACAUGUGGGUUCCAAAAGGUGAAACAAAUAUGCCAGUUAUAGUUUUUUUCCAUGGUGGUAGUUGGACAGUAAGAACUGGUAGUGCUGAUAAAUUUAAUGGAUCUGUUCUUGCUUUAAAAACAAAGUCAAUAGUUGUUGUACCUAACUUUAGACUUGGAUUUUUUGGUUUUGCUUAUUUAAGUGGUGAAGAUGGAAUAGAAGGUAACAUGGGAUUAUUAGAUCAACAAAUGGUAUUAAAAUGGAUUAAUAGAACAAUUGAGAGUUUUGGUGGUGAUAAAACAAAAGUAACUAUUUUUGGAACAAGUUCAGGAGCGUCUGCUGUAGCAGCUCAUUUAUUUUCAAACAAUAGUAGACUACUUUUCAAAAGAGGAAUAAUGAGUUCUGGUACUAUAACACAUUUUAUGACUACAGUUUCAAGAGAGAUAGCAGACACAAAUACUAGAAAUGUUUCAGUAAAGGUAGGAUGCAUUGAGAAUAUAAAUGAUAAAUCAAAAAGCAACACACAAAUUUUGGAUUGUUUACGUAAUAAAACUGUAGAAGAAUUGUUAAAUGCUACUAGACAUGUUAGUGCUCCUGGUCAAAUGCCAACACCAUUUCCUUUUAUGCCUAUUAAUAACGAUACAGUUUUUUUCAAUGGAAGUAUUAAUGAAAUUUAUAAGAAAAAAGAAUUUAAUACAGAUGUUGAUUUGAUGCUUGGAAGAACAGCUGAUGAAGCAACAUUUUUUAUGGCAACUGGUUUUACAAAUAAUAGUAUGUUUGGUUGUUAUUUUUAUCCACAAAAACCUGCUAAUGACUCUGCUAAUAAAUGUGAAAUGAGUAACACAAACUUUGAAAAUUUAGUUAAAUUUGGAGGAAAAAUAUUAAAAUUUAAUGAAACAGAAAUUGAAAAGUUACAAAAAAUAUAUGAGAAAUCUGCUAACUCAUAUACUAACAGAUCUAUUAGAAUUUUAUCUGAUUUUAUUUUUGAUUGUGAACUUUCUAGAUUUGCAAUAACCUUUGCAGGUGCUUCUACUGGUAGUACAUAUUUUUAUGAAUACAAUAGACGAUCACCAAUAAACUUAUGGCCAGAAUGGACUGGUGCAAUGCAUGGAGAUGAUUUAAUUGAUAUAUUUGGUAUUCCAUUUAGACAUUCUGAUAAAUAUGAUAAGAACAUUUUAGAACGUGAAAAAGUUAAUUCAGAACAUGUAAUGUGGGCUAUAGGUAAUUUUACAAAAGAAGGUAAUAUACCAAAUGUAUGGAAUAAAUUAAAUGUUAGUGAUCCAAAAGCUCUUGAAUUUAAUGGAGAAUUAGGACAACCAGGAACAACAGUACAAUAUAAAAAUGUAACACCAUCAACGUGUACUGAAUUUUAUAAUCUUUUUCAAGAAUCCAUGCUUUAUAAAAUGUCUUUGUUAAAAUCGACAACAACGCUAACGCCAACAACAACAUCAAUCUUAUAA